UACUGUCUGAUCCGGAGCAGAGCUCAGUCUGGACCAACUUUACUUUAUUAAACACAGACCUGAAGCCCUGCCCUGUCCAUCAUUACUCUACACUACUGUACCUGAACAGACAGGACUCCUCAUCUCAUCUCAUCUCAUCUGCUGAUUAUACUUCUGAAUACUGUGCUGUUCCAGCAUCAGUACACAGCCAUGGUGCUGGCCAGAUCUCUUCUGGUGCUUGCCGUCCUCUGCGCUCCACUCCCCAGCCUCUGUUUGCGGCCCCCCGAAUCCGAGCCCGUCCUCCUCUGCUCUGAGGAGCUCCUCCCCACGACCAACAACAACGAUGAUCUGCCUCUGAACGCCCUCUACGACAGCCUGCACCUUCUCCACAGGGCAGGAGACUCCCUUUCUCUGGAGGAGAGCCGAGAGAGGAGGACUUCUCCUGGGUCUGGCUACAGGAUUCUGAGCCAGAGUCUGCUCAGGAGGAGUAAGAUGUACCGGAACGGAGCCAAAGGUGACCGGGGCAGCAGGAUGACCCUUUCAUUGGACGUUCCCACCAGCCUUAUGAACAUACUGUUUGACAUUGCCAAAGGCAAAAGCAUGCGCGCCCAGGCGGCCCACAACGCACGCCUAAUGGCCCAGAUCGGCUAACGAAGGCAGAAGAAGUGCAGACUUUUCUCACUCGCAGUUGUGUCUAAUUAAUGUCAUCGACUCGCCUCUCACAUUAAACCCAGUAAUGUAGAGCAGGCGAACAGAUUUACACAGGUCUAACUGAUUUUCACUUUAAGGGAAUUCUCUUUAGUCUUUGUGGAUUAUUUAUUUAAGACAGUUUCAUGAUGUAUAAAUCUGAGGAAUGUAUUUCUACUGAAAAAAAAAAGAGAUUUUUACGAGAGUUCACAAUGAUUUUAAUAAUAGUUCAUGCUAGUCAAAAUCUAAAUGAGAGAGCUAAGAUUAAUCUCAUUGUGGUGAGAAAUAAAUGUUGGGUGGUUUGAAGGCAAAA